AAAAUAAACUAUAUAUAAAAAAUAUAUCGUUUAGCACAAUUGGCCAUCCCAAGUGGCACUGCUUGACCGACAGCUUAACUCAGUGUACACUACGCGCAUCACUACGACCAAUCGGGCCAUCGAUAUCCGGACCUAUCGACCUAUUUUCAGCAGCCUAACUAAAGAAAAAAGGCAAUAUUUUGCAAAAAACAUUCGGAAACGGUCGAAAAACAUCCGCUUCAUUAGCCAGAGCACUCGUAUUCCAUGCAACGCAUAGCGGGUACAAACCAGACAAUUGCAGUGUGAGACAAAUGUGCGCAAAAUGAAAGUGACAAUCAAGUCAUGGACGGGAGUUGCAACUUGGCGUUGGAUAGCGAAUGACGAGAACUGCGGUAUCUGUCGCAUGUCCUUCGAGAGCACCUGCCCGGAGUGCGCUCUGCCCGGUGACGACUGCCCGCUGGUGUGGGGUGUCUGCUCCCAUUGCUUCCACAUGCACUGCAUCGUUAAGUGGCUGAACCUGCAACCGUUGAACAAACAGUGUCCCAUGUGCCGCCAGAGCUGGAAGUUCAACGUGCAUUAAGCCCGUGUUAUAGCUCUAGUUACUAAAUACCCGUGAGGAUCAGCAGUAAGAAGAAACCGUAGAGACAUAGUAAGCUUUAUCAAAUGAUGGAGAACAGCAGCAACGAUGCCCAGCCGCACUUGACGGGUCUGCCGCCACUGCCAAAAAGUC